AUGUCGAACUACAACGCGCGGCGUGCGCCCAACGUGUCGCAAUACCUCGCCAACCUGAACCAGAUCCCGAGCCAGCAAGAGAUCUCGCCUACCGAUCUCACUCUCGGUGACGACUUGGACUUCCUCGCCAACGCUGAGUUCUUCGACUUCGACCAGAAUGUACCGCAGCCGAACUUUGCUCAGUUCGGAGACGCGAACCAGCACUCGGCCGACGGUAAGAAUGGCCCACAAUUCCAGUUUGCCGAGUUCCAGACCUUCCCAGGCACCAAUGUAAACUCUCCAACCACCAGCAUGCCGAGCCCGACCGGCCUGCAAGGCGCAUAUCCACCACAGCCAAGCCGCUUCUCUCCCACCACGGGCGACAAGCGCAAGGCAUCUGUUGCCAUGCAAUCUGCUGCUGACCUCGAGGAGCAAUCACGUAUGGCCGCUGAGGAGGACAAGCGUCGACGAAACACCGCAGCCUCAGCACGUUUCCGUGUGAAGAAGAAGCAAAGGGAACAGGCACUGGAGAAGGCAGCCAAGGACAUGUCCGACAAGGUCUCUGCCCUCGAAGGCAAGGUUCAACAGCUUGAGAUGGAGAACAAGUGGUUGAAGGAGCUCAUCACAGAGAAGAGUGACGUCAAGACUGUCGAGGCUGCGCUUGCGAAAAAGAGCGAGAAGGAUGCUGAGGACCGGAUAGGUGGCAGCCGCACCGAUGGUGUCGGCACAGUUCAGGGCACUGGUGCUGAGGUGGAGGCUUAG